CCGUUAACUCCGCCCACAUUCCGCUGACCCUCAGCAGCUCUGUAAAUAUGGCGGAGCCCUCCUUGGGGAGUUCAAGCCCAGAAAUGCUGUUGCCUGAUUUUGAUGAUGAUCAAACACCUGAAGACGAGGAGGUUCCAGAGGGAGAAACAAAUUUUGGCAAUGAGAUUGAAGAACUUGCAAAGGAGCAAGAAAUGCCCAUUCAGGAGCUCUUGAGUCUCUACGGUUACGGAGGCAGUGGAUCACCUGAGGAAGAGGAGGAGGAGGAAGAUGAUGACGAAGAGGAUGUGGAUGGAGAGGAGGAGGAGGAGGAGGAGGAUGAUGAAGGAGAAGAUAUGGAUAAUGAUGAAAGCAGCAGAAGCACUGGAGAACUGAAGAAGAGCAAGGAGGAUGAUGCAAAGGUAUCCACAGGAAUGGUAAAUGAGAGCUACUCCACUGACAGUCGAGUUUGUGCAGUGACCGCCUGUAAAACAGCUGAACUCAUACGUUCACAGAACCAUGGCUACUUUCAGAAUAAUGAAGUAGAUGAAGAGUCAGAGGAGGAUGAUGACUAUAUUCCCUCAGAAGACUGGAAAAAAGAAAUUAUGGUUGGCUCCAUGUAUCAGGCUGACACACCAUCUGAACUGUGCAAAUACAAAGACAAUGAGAAAGUGUAUGAAAAUGAUGACCAGCUGCUGUGGAAUCCUGAAAUUCUUACUGAAAACAAGGUAGUUGAGUUUCUGACAGAAGCAUGUCGACGGACGGGAGAGGAGACUGGAGUAGAUGCUAUUCCAGAAGGAUCCCACAUCAAAGACAAUGAGCAGGCAUUAUAUGAGUUGGUGAAAUGUAAUUUUGAUACUGCUGAAGCUUUGCGAAGAUUAAGAUUUAACGUUAAAGCAGCCCGAGGAAAGGAAAAAAAAUUUUUAGCGGACCUAGUGGAGACCUGCAGCUCUGAGAGGGAGGGAGAGCCUGCUGAAGUGCUGUAUGUGUGUGUGCACAUCGGAAAAGAUAUAAAGAGGUGA